ACAAGCAUUAGUGCUUCGGUAUGGAUCAUCGCUGUAGGUAGGGCAAGAUGGCUCCAUCGAUAGGAACAGCUGUUUUACGCUGAAGGACAUCGUAAAGCAAAAAAGUACGAAAUCUGACACAGAAUGUCACGGGCUGUGCUUUAGUCAGUAUAGGUCUCAAUAAAAGUUACAUGCAGCGAUAAGCAAACACAGUUUUAAGAUGGAUGUAGUGACCACUAGCCUAGAAGCUCUCAUACAGAGAGCAACAAAUUCACAAAAUCAGAAGCCAGAUGUAGCAGCUAUUGAAGCAUUUUGUGUGUUGCUUACCAAAGAAGCUGAAGGUAUUCAAAUUGGCACAAAGUUGUUGGCGACGCAUAUUCAGUCGCUCAAUGAAUCAGAAGCUUUGCAAGCUCUUUCUUUAUUAGAUACUUGUAUGAAGAAAUGUGGGCCAUUAUUUCAUGCUGAAGUCGGUAAAUUCCGUUUCUUAAAUGAGAUGAUAAAAUUAGUUUCACCAAAAUAUCUUGGUGGCCGCACUACAGCUACUGUACGGCAGAAGGUUCUGCAACUUCUUUAUGCAUGGAUCAGGGAAUAUCCUCGUGAAUUAAAAAUUAAAGAAGCCUAUGAGAUGCUAAAGAAACAAGGGGUUAUUGAGGAAGAUGCUGCAUUCAUAAUGGCCAACAGUGAGGAAAGUCAAAAAUCGUCUAAGUUAAGAAACAGUAUAUUCGAAAAUGAAGAAAUGUCAAAGCAUUUGCGCAAGUUGCUUCACAGCAAAGAUCCUUACGAUUUGCAGACCGCGAAUCGGCUGAUCAAGGUUAUGGUAAAAGAGGAUGAGGAGAGAUUGCAGUUAAGUACACGAAGACACAUGGAAUUAGAGUCAGUACAUAACAAUGUGAAGCUACUCUCAGAAAUGUUAGAUUCCUAUAAUCAGAAUGAAACUAGCGCGGAGGAUCUCGAAUUAAUGAAGGAACUGCAUCAAGCAUGCGAACGGCUAAAACCUAUGCUGUUGAGACUUGCCAGUGAAACUCAAGGCAACGUUGAAAUGCUCGGUGAUGUGCUUGCUGCAAGUGAUGAGCUGAGUCAGGUCUUCGAGAAGUACACGUCUGUUAUCGUCCUUGGACAGUCCACAACGGAACCUUCUAAGGCCAACAAUUUUAACAAUGGAUCUUCACUCUUAGACCUGUCGUCUCCUACCGAAAAUGUUCCUUGCGAGAGUACUUUAAGUACACCGAGCGCAACUUCGACAGAUCAUCGAUCUGACAUGGACGUUUUGGGAGACAUAUUUAGCGUGUUAGAAAAACCAAUCAAGUCGGACGCGAGUUUGCUAAUGCCUAACAACAUUAUGCAACCAAUUAGCGUUUCGCCCGUGAGCAAGAAAAACGAAGUUACUAACAACGAGGGAGGAAAGAUAGACAGUAAAGCGAAAGCAUUGGAGGAGUUAAAUGAAUUGGGAGAGACUUUACUAAAGCAAAGCUUGUCGAGUGCACGCUCGUCGCAAGGGAAAUUGAAUAAUAACGCGACCAAAAUCGCUAUUGGUGACUCAGUUUGGAAGCAAAAUUGGUCCCACGAGACUAACACGUCUGAUGCGUCACAACGUAUCACAACGGAACAACUGGAACAUACGAAGUGUGAGACAAACAGUAACUCUGAAACUUCGGUAUCCGCAAAUACGUCGAAAAUUAAUGUGAUCGCUGAUUCGUGUAACAAUAGUAAUACAAGUGCGGUGAUACCGGACGCGAGAAUACCACAGCAACAGCAUCAGAACGUGACACAGUUGCGCAAUGGUUCAUCGAGGAUAACGGAUAUCGAGCCCGAAAUCAAACCACUGACUGAUAUCAAUGUUAAUCUUGAGGAUAUUACGCCAGGUACAAAUCCACCUCUGACGGUAAUCGAGGAAAGAAACGGUAUAACUGUGGUGCUCCAUUUUGCUCAAGACAGCCCUAGGCCGGAUGUGUCUGUAGUAGUAAUUACUACAAUGAGUAAAAACACAAAACCGCUUAGUAAUUAUCAAUUUCAAGCAGUCGUACCUAAAAAAUGCAAGUGUAGACUGCAGGCACCUUCCGGCAUGAAGUUACCGGCGCAUAAUCCAUUCCUUCCACCUUCUGCAAUCACACAAAUUAUGCUGAUUGCAAAUCCUCUUAAGGAGCCCGUGUCCUUGAAGUUUAUGCUAAGCUAUACAUUGGAUGACGAAACGUUUACAGAGAUGGGUGAAGUGGACAAGUUACCUCAUCUAUGAGAUUCAGCGCACUUCUGUGGCGAUCUCAAUGCAAUAUUACAUUCAUAUUCGUGCCCUCAGCAGGCCAAAAUAUAAAAAUAUUCCAAUUAUAGAGCGAUCCAAUCAUUUAGAAAUAUGUGCAAUGAGAUGAACUUGUUAGAUUUUCUGCACACUAUUUUAAGCUUAGAAUGCAUAACAAUUUGAGAAGAUCGAUCUGACGACUACCUUAGUUACAAAUUUUAUAUACAUUAUUCUUCACAUGGAUCUCUGCCUCGAAGGAAAUAAAAAAUGUAGUGAAUAUCUCAUGCGAAAUGAGCAUGUUAAUGAAACAAUUUUUCAUAACAUGUUAGAAUUACUAUAAGUAGAAAUAAUAAAAUAGGACACGAUUGCCAGAUUGUGCUAAUAACAAGUGACGAUAUUCCUUCGUUAAAACAUGAUAGAACUGCACAGUUCUAUCCAGAUAUAAUUCAGAAAUUGAAUUUCAGCAGCUGAUUGUUAAAUUAUUAUUAUACCUAGAUUAUAUUAAUUUUUUAAGGUUUCGAUACUAGAACGAUGGAGCAAAUAUGCUACUCUAUUUUACAAAAUUUUUAAAGAAUUUAAUUUGAAAUACAUCCGGUGUGUGCCACUUUGUAAUAUUUAUUAUACCAUAAAAUAACAUAUGAAAUAUACACAAGUACUUAUUCUCUCGCGUAAGAUCAUCUUAUGUAUUGUAUUCGCAUAGUUCUAUAUAAUAAGUGUAAUAAGUAUCACGAAGCAAAGUCAUUUUCAAAUUGUGCAUUCUAGGAUUAAAUUAGUGAAAUAUGAAGGUAACAGGAAUUAAAUUAUCCUAAUGCGAAGUUUACAAGAAUUGUCAUAAAACUGUCAAUAAAGAAGGGAGUAGUUAAAUACACACCCUUAAUCUUAGUAUGCAUAACAUUAUUUUAGACCCGAUGCAGUAUUUCUUCUUAUAUGUUCUUUUUAUUAGUUUGGUUCUCAGCUUCUAACAGUAUGCAUAUUAUUGAAUAUGCAAAAGAAAUGGACGUGCAUACUAGGGUUAAGCAGAGUGAUAUUAUUUCAUAUUGUUACGGAAAUCUUUGUUUUAAUUAGGAUACGGUAUUCUGGUAUUUGUUUAUUCGUAUAUUUAAGAGUCUAUCGUACAUACGUAGUUGUAUGCUGCUUUGUGAUAUAUGCUUUAAUAAGUGUAAACCUAUUUUAAGACUGCGAGUUUAAUAAACCAAAUAAGAUUAAGGAGAAAUAAACGGGGAGAGCUGCAACGUGUCUGUAUGAAGGAAAAAAUUCCGCAAAUGUGUUUUAACGAUAUUUUAAGUGAUAAUUAAAUUAUUAUUAUUA